GAUCUUGAGAAAUGACAACUUUACUGUAACAGAUUCAGUUGCCGAGUGUGGUGUGCCGUCGGCUGCUGGCAGCUGUGGGUCACCUACUCUGAAGGAUGAAAACACCCAGCUAAGCCGGAUUGGCCGGCUGCUGGUCUGGUCCGCACCUGCCCCCGCGCUCGCUCGCUCGCUCUCCGGGUUUAGCCGUGGCCAGCCCAAAGCGCGACAUCUGCCUGGUCCACUUAAGACCCAGGACCCCAGACUGUUAGGCUGGUGUGGAUGGACGCCCGGGCGCCGGAAGUUCCCUGUGGGGACUUGCUGCAGAACGCGGCCGAAAACCUACUUCAGGAGGUUGAAGAACAUUUCCGAGCUCUGACUGCAACAUUAAACCUCAGAAUGGAAGAAAUGGGAAAUCGCAUCGAGGACUUACAGAGAAAUGUGGAUGACCUAAUGGCUCAAGCUGGGAUCGAAAAUUCUAUUAAAGAAGCAACGACCUGAAGAUGUUAAACGAGUCAUGUGAAAUUGCUAGAAUGAAAAUUACCCUUUAUGUUUGAGUAAUUAUAAUCUUGUGCGGUAUGAAUUUC